AUGCUCUCGGCUCUACCACCACCACGCUCGCAUUUUCACCCGACUCCUGCCACGGUUCGAUUGAAGAUGAUCGGCCACCCUUGUAUUCUCGUCGCCCUCGUCUUGGCUCUGAGCCUUGUCGACAGCAGCCUGGCGCUGCAGCAACGACGUGCGCUUCCGUUCGGAGACAAGGCGAUGGACAAGCGCAACCUGGGUGGCGAGCUCAAGGACCUUUACCUGAGCCAUUUCACGCACAACUACUUUUGCACGGAUACGGGUCGCCUUGUGCCUGUCGAUCCGGCUACGGGACAGAUGCUACAGAAGAAUCUGCGAAAGCGCAACUUCAUCGACAAUGCGCUUGGCCACACGCACGCGACCGAGAAGGGCCUCUGCCGCAAUCCUACGUGGGUGCUUCCUCAGGGCUGGUCGCAGCCUAUUCCGAAGACCCAGUUCCUGAAGCAGUAUCCGUGGAUGGUGGUCGACGAUCGAGGUCAGAUCCACUUGGAUCCAGAGUACUUGGCGUGGCUUCAGCAACGCGCCGCAUCGCAGACAGCGGCAGGCGCGGGUACGGGAGCGGGCGCUGCCGCUGGUGGCGGGGCCCAGGUGAUCCAGGACGGAGGCGUCGGCUACGUCUCUCCUUCGGCGCUGAACGUGGCGGCUGACCAGGCUGGAACGACGGGCUUCGGAACCAACGGGUUCGGCAAUGGCGUAGCGGCAGGCACCGCUGCGCACAUCUGA